AUGUCCCUCACCAACUCCUCCCCCGAACAAGCAGCCCGCGCAGCAAAAGUCUCCUCAAGAAAGCUCGCAACGCUCUCGGUCAAUGCUCGCAACAACGCACUGGACGCAAUCCACGAUGCACUUUCCAAUGCGAAAGAUUCAAUCCUCGCAGCCAAUGCCGAAGACCUCGCGAAAGCAAAACAGUCGACAGCAAAUGGCGAGCUCAAUGCUAGCAUUUACAAACGCCUCGAUCUUUCCCGUCCGGGGAAAUUCGAUGAUAUGCUGCAAGGCAUUCGAGACGUGAAAGGGCUUCCAGACCCAGUCGGCAGGGUGGACCUCCGAACAGAACUUGACGACAACCUAAUCCUCCAACGCCAAACCUGUCCCAUCGGCGUCCUGCUCAUAAUCUUCGAAGCCCGCCCGGAAGUAAUCGCCAACAUCGCCUCCCUGGCCAUCAAAUCCGCCAACGCCGCAAUUUUGAAGGGCGGCAAAGAAUCAACAGAAUCCUUCAAAACCAUCGCCAACAUCAUCUCACAGGCGCUGCAGAAAACGGAAGUCCCGAGCGAUUCGAUCCAGUUGGUUGCUACGAGGGAUGCGGUGGGGGGUUUGUUGGAGCAGGGGGAGUUUAUUGAUCUUUGUAUUCCACGGGGGAGUAAUGAGUUGGUGAAGUAUUGUCAGCAGAAGGCGCAUAUGCCAGUUUUGGGGCAUGCGGAUGGACUUUGUUCGGUUUAUGUGCAUUCUGAUGCGGAGGUGGGGAUGGUGGUGGAUGUGGUGGUGGACUCGAAGACGGAUUAUCCAGCGGCUUGUAAUGCGUUGGAGACGCUGCUGGCUAAUGAGGACGCUCUGGAGACGGUGCUGCCGAGUCUUGCUACGGCGUUGCAGGCGAAGGGUGUGACGUUGAAGUGUGAUGCGAAGUCGAAGGAAGCAUUGACGAAAGCUCUUGACAAGGACCAAUCCUCGCAGUUACAGGACGCCACGGAUCAAGACUACGACACCGAAUUCCUCGACCUCGUCCUCGCGAUCAAGACCGUCUCCUCCGUUUCCGAAGCUAUUGAACACAUCAACACCCAUGGCUCCCACCACACCGACGCCAUCGUAACCGCGUCAAAAGAGAUCGCCGAUCAAUUCCUCAACGGCGUUGACGCAGCCUGUAAAUUCUGGAACGCAUCAACACGCUUCUGUGAUGGGAUGAGAUUUGGCUUCGGCACAGAGGUCGGGAUCAGUACGAACAAGGUGCAUGCGAGAGGACCUGUGGGGUUGGAAGGAUUGACGAUUCAUGAGUACCGGAUCACUGGUAAUGGACAAAUGGCGGCGAGUUAUGGGACCGGAGCUGGGAAGAGGCAGUAUAAGCAUAAGAAGCUUGAGUUGCCGAACGGGAUAUAG